AUGGCGGCAUCUCUGUUCACAUACUCCUCAACCUCUCGAAGAGUCGUUCCUGCCCCAAACUCUCCUCCACUUCCAAUUCACAUCAAGGCAACCAAUGUCGUCUUCAACCCUGACAUUCCAGAGGUUCAUCGAGGUCUUGGACUCGAUGAUUUCGUCAAUUUCUUGGCUUCUUGCCGCCUCCGAUAUGCAAUCAGUGAUGUACCGUCCGAGUUCUUCCCUGAACAAGUAUGUGAGUUUUACUAUACUGCAACAGUUAAUGAAGAAAACAAUGCCAUCACCGGAACCAUUGGUCAUGGCAGACACUCUGUCUUCAUCACCGCAGAACUACUCAGUGCUGCUUUAAGGUUACCAAUUUUCGAACCCUUUUCUGAACCUCCAACUAUUGAAAGAUGUAAACGAAUAUUUGAUCAACUGGGCUAUGAUCAUUCAAAGGCUGGUACUCGAUCAGCUCUUAUUUUGCGUCAGUGCAUGACCCCAGGCUGGAAGUUUUUCACUGGUGCUUUAUGCAAGUGUGUGGGUCACAAGUCUCGCAGUGGUGAUCAAUUGAGCAAUUAUGAGCAACAAGUCGUCUGCUCCCUUCUUCUCAACAAAAGAUUAGAUUAUGGGGCACUAUUCUUUGAUCAGCUUGUUCAGCUUCUACGUGCAAAUGUGCGUGCUGAUCAUGUUCCCUUUCCACGCUGGAUUGCCCUGGUGUUCGACAAAUUCUUCGCUGCUGACUACUUUUCUCACUCUGGGAAUCCAAUCCAAUGCCCUCGAAUGUCCGUUCGUAUGUAUCAGGAUGAUCCUUUGGAUACUGACAUUGGAAUCUCCGAUAGGAUGAGAGAAUGGAUUGCCAAUCCAUACACUAUGCCUUCUCUCACCGCUGACACUGAUGAAGGAGGUGCUGAUGGUAAUCGUAUGGAUCAUGCUGAUCAAGAGGUGGAACAUCAUGAUGGCGGCCAUUUCUCCCCUCAACUUUCUCAUCACCUCAUCUCGGCCACUGGCAAAGCCUCCUCAGCACCACAGGAUUCCAUGCCUCUGGGGGGCAACCAUCACAGGGGGAGCAUCAGUCUCAGGGGGAGCAUCCAUCACCAGCAGCUCACCACUUCUCUCCAAGGAUGCAACCUAGCUCUCCAGUUGCCCCAGCGUCUGCUUCGUAUUGAGGCUGAUGUUCAAAAAAUCAAGGAGGUUCUCUUACUUACUCCUCCCUCUAGUCCCAAAUCUAAUGAUGCUCAAAAAGGGGGAGAUACUGAUGAUGAUGCUGAUGCUGAUGAUCAUGCUGAUGGUGAACCAAAUGCUCAUGCUGAUGGUGAACCAAAUGAGAAAGACACAGAACCUGCUGACAACACUAUCUUUCAGCAUGAAUCAUCCAACCCCAUUCCUGAAUCUGAUUCUGUGGGGCAUAAUAGUCCAGCAGCUACUGAAAAAUUGUUUGAAGACAGUGAGCAUGAUGAAGAGCAUGAUGAACCUGAUGAUGAAUGUCAAAUUCUUGACAUGAACAUCAUUGAUCCUCUCAUUCCAGUUCAGCAAGAAAGCUUCGAAGACCUUGAAGAAUCUCAUCCGAUAUUAGUCGAUCCUAUUGCUGAUCCCAUCAUUCCGGUCCAAGGAGAGGAUUCGGACAUUGCCAGUGAAGAAUCUCAUCCGCUGUCUCGAAAGCGGAAGUUAGCUUUAGGAGCAGCCUUCCGUUUCUACCCUUUACCAUUUUCAAUGGCGAAAACAGGAGCAUUACUAGGAAGGCUUGAAUUCUUCCCCUUCAAUCCUGACUUAAUACUACUUUCUGACUUACCGAAGGACACUCAGAAAGGACUUAGCAUCAAGUUUUAUUAUCCACUUUAG